AGAAUAACUCAGUGAUUUUGCAGUACAAUUCCGCACACUUUUUAAACUUUCGACGUAAACAUACCAAAAGUUAGCAUGGGAAUGCCAACCCGUAGAUUUACAAUUGGAUUCUGGGAAAUGUAGUUUUACUCGCAAAGUCGCCAGUUUUGCGUCAUUAUUCGGUCAUGCAGCUAGCUAGCUAGCAAGAUAUCGCAACACAAACAGCAUUAUGUCGUAGUUUUAAAAUAAAAUUUCGACUUCAUGCUGACCUGACACGCAUCGAAGACCGUGUUAGUCAUUGUAAACAUGCUACAUGUCGCGUUGUAGUUAACGUGCUUUGUUGUUUCGCUAAUGUAACGUUACGCGACUUGCUGUUUGGUUCAACUUAUCGUAAGGGAUGGCAGAGGAGAGGAGAGGAGACGACGUGUCAGAGUACCUGAACCAGAACCCGGAGCUGGCCCAGUGGGUCGACUCCUUCAGAAGCUACUGUGAGAGCAACAAGCAGUGGUCGGCUCGGAGAGAGUUCAUCCUAAGGAACAUGGAGGCUUUCCCCACAGUGAAGCCCGGGGCUCCCAGCAGCAGUCUGGACAGGCUGCUGUCCCUGUCUAUGGUCUGGGCUAACCACAUCUUCCUUGGAUGCAGUUAUCCACAGGCUGUAAUGGAUAAGAUCAAGGAGAUGGGCGAGGGGAUAAACGUCCAGGAUGCUCCUGUUCACAAAAUGACAAAAGAAGAUGGUGCAGCCAAAGGAAAGAGGAGCUGCGCAGCUGAUGAGGACACUGAAAGCUGCGUAAAAAGACCCAAAAAUGCUCCUAAUGAGCCGGACAGUCGACCUGCUGGGAGGGCUGCCACACGGCCCGGAAGCCAGAAAUGUGGACCCCUCCCGCAGGCGCCAGCAGAGCACCAGCCCUUCUUCAACCGCCUCUACAAGGCYGUGGCCUGGAAGCUGGUGUCGGCCGGGGGCUUCGGCCCCAACUUGGACCACUUUGAAAUCCUGCGAAGCUGCGUGGAGUCGUGUAAACAGACCCUGACGUGUGUGUUCGUACCACUGAAGGACAUCACCGGCCUCCCKGCAAGCCGAGCACAGAAGGAAGGCCACGUGUGUGAAAUCCGCUGCCAGACGGUCUACAUGGGCACGGGGUACGGGCGGGACGAGCCCGCCGCCAGAGCCAUGGCCUCCAAAGAAGCCCUGAAGGUCUUUCAGGGGCGUAAAGUGAUGGUAAAGAUUUGCAGACGGCGGUACAAAGGGAAGGAUGUGGAGGAUCUGAUGCURCUGGAUGAACAGCCUCGGAGUCAGGGCUUUCCUCCGGCACUCAGCUACCCGUUUCAGGACGAGCAGCUGGAACAGGGCUCUGCAUAGAAAACAUGCACGCCCACCUGCUGCAGAGCUACUGAAGGAGUUCAUUAUCGUCAAGACCAGACUGUUAUUCAGCUGAACAUUACCGUUAAACCCAAGGCUCAUCCAUGCAUCCUAACGUGUUUCCAGCUCUGCUUUGGUUUGUAUUACAGAGAAACAGUUUUUGCUAGGUCACCAAAUCAGGAAAUCAACCUUUAAUCUGCAAAAAAUGACAUCACAACUCAUUCAGACUGCAUCAUCUACAUCRGAUUGUGUUCAGCAUCAUUUUAAAUGUCACAAUCUGAUUUAAAUUAAUGGCACAAUAAAGCAUUUUGACAUCAGAGCAGAAUUUAUUCCAUUAUUUUUGGAAUAAAAUGUAUGUUUUGCUAAUGGCUAACAUUAGAAGCAGUGUAGUCAUAGUUCACCCACUCCAGUCUGUAGAUGAAACCUGCUUUGUGAUUUUAUUUGACCUUUGUUUUGGCUUAUUUAUUUUUUAGAGUGUUAUAACUUGUAAGGUUCUUGAUUUACACAGUAGUAACGUGUUAUUUUACACAUGUGAUAACUGUCACGCAGCAGACAGAAGCUAAACCAUCACUGAAACGUUUUAAAACCUGUUUUGAUUAAAGCAAUUUGGAGCAUAAAACAAAUGAGCGAUCAAGUUUUUUUUUUUCUUUUUUCUAGCUCCGUCUUUGUUUUUGGAUUGUUCCCAUUAACAUUUAAAAAUCAUGGUUGUUUCCUGUAACAGGUUAGAACACCAUAGUUGUURAUAAACUGCACUUUAAUUGGUUUUGAGCAGGACCAGACCUAAUUGAAGUAGUGCCAAUAAAGUUCUAUUUUUAUUUAAGUUGGAAACAUUUCUGAGUUCUUUUAAUGGGUUUAAAGUGGUGUUGACUGAACUUCUGUGGUCCGUUCAGAUAUUCUAUAAUUGAAAUAUUUUCAGCCAUAAUAUCCUGAAUAGUAAUUUGUAUUGAAUGACACAAAUGGAUCUGCAGUGAGAGUAAUGAUAAGAUGACUAAUUUUAUUUUUUUUACUGUAGAUUUCUCCUCUAGCGCUCAGAAAUGCUAACUACAGUAGCUGUUUUAAACACUCUGGCUUCUGUUUUGUUCCAACGUAAAUGUUUAAAACACAGAUUUGAGAUGUUUAAUAUACUGCCAUCUGAGCUGUAAGAAUAUUGUUUUAGACCWACAGUGUGUACAGUUAUGUGUUUGAGGGUGAAGUGCUGCUGUUAAAGUGUGAUCUGUUUUUUUUUUUUGUCCCAGUCUGAGUUGAUGCUGAAAGGGCUAAUGUUAAAGUGUGAAYAUCCCUGCUCUUUCAUGUUGUUUCAGUAGUCCUGUUUCUUUAUGUUUUUAAAUAAAAAAUAACCAUGAAAAUSUG